GCGCGGCGGGCACGAGAUGGAGCGCGGUGCGGCGCACACGCGCCGGGCCCGUCAUGGCUGCGCCGUACUACUGGAUGUGCGCCCUCGCCUCUGGCCCAACUUUGCAGGCGUUAGGCCCGCACAUCCGCGGGGCGGGGGUGCGCACGCUGCCACCCGAGCACUCCUCCUUCCUUUAGUAUCCCGGCAUAAACGGCGCGCGCGCACGGGAUUCAAGCGCAGCGCGCUCCGGGCCAUGGCGGUCCCCGUAAUAUGGUUAGUGGCUGCAAUAGCGCCGCUUCUGGGAGUUAAUUCACAAGACGAUUCUUAUCUUAGUUGGUCAAGAAGAUUGGAUCAAAAUAAUUGGUAUCAAGAGCGGGAUGAAGAUUCUCGCGAAUAUCCAAAUAGCUGGCCAACACAACAAUCUGAUGACGAUAUACAAACAUAUGGAUUAUCACAGCGACCAGACGUGCGCCCCUUAUUGCCGGAACCCCAGCGACCACCACAACCGUCACAGUCGAACCAAUAUUAUAAUUUCGAAAUUUUCGACCCUGUCACUAAGCAACGAACGACUGCUGAUCGGAAUUGCACAGCGCCAGGUUGUUGUGUUCCCAAAUGUUUCGCUGAAAAAGGCAUGAAGGGAAGACCUGGUUUUCCAGGUCCUCCAGGCCCGAGAGGAUUACCAGGACACGAAGGUGUAGAAGGUCCUCAAGGUUUAAAAGGUCAAAAAGGACAAAUGGGACCUCAAGGACCACGAGGCCCAAAAGGAGACCGCGGGAAACCUGGAGAGAGAGGGUUUGUUGGUUCCACAGGACCACCAGGUCCUCAAGGUGAACAAGGGUUUCCUGGUAUUCACGGCAGGGAUGGCUGUAAUGGUACAGAUGGUCCACCAGGUCUUCCAGGUCCGCAAGGAAUAACUGGGCCUCGUGGUAUUCCAGGACCCAAAGGUGAAAGGGGCGAUAAAGGAGAACCGGCUUUUACUCCACGUCUCCCAAAAGGUCAAAAGGGCGAACCUGGAGAACCUGGUUUGAUUGGAAAAGAUGGCCCUACUGGUCCUGAAGGACCUAAGGGACCGCGAGGACCAAAAGGAUAUCCCGGCCCAAUGGGUUUACCAGGAGAAAAAGGAGACAAAGGAGUUAAAGGUGCAGAAGGUCAAGCCAUACGAGGUGAUAAAGGUGAAAGAGGUGAUAAGGGAGAAAGGGGGCCAGAUUGUCCAGAGAGAAAUUCAGAAGGAUUUACUUAUUCUAACAAAACUAGUACUGGUUUUCCCGGAGAUACUGGAGAAAAGGGCGAUAAGGGGUCGUCUGGGAGACCAGGAGAAAAAGGAAAUGCUGGACCGGUGGGUGAACCAGGUCGUCCAGGUGCAAUGGGUAAAAAAGGAUCAAAAGGCAUCAUAGGAAAUCCUGGGGAAAGGGGUCGAGACGGAAUGUAUGGGAAUCCGGGCCCAAUGGGUUUAAAAGGGGAUAGAGGUAAUGAUGGUUUACCUGGAUUACCUGGAAGACCCGGAAAGGAUGGAGAGCCCGGUAGGGAUGGUCCGCCAGGCCCAAGAGGUAUUCAAGGAGUACCUGGUUCACCUGGCGGUCGAACUGGAUCUCGUGGACCACCAGGUCCAACGGGACCAAGAGGUUAUCCAGGACCAAUGGGACCUAAAGGUAAUGAUGGAAGACCAGGUGAAAGGGGACCUCCAGGACCGAUGGGUCAACAAGGAGGACCUGGCAUACCCGGAAAUCCAGGAACUGAAGGACGACCUGGUCAAAAAGGCGAAAAGGGAGAACCUGGCAAUGAUGGGCCUUCAGGAGUAAUGGGACCAAGAGGAUAUGAUGGCCCAAGCGGUCCUCAAGGACCAAUGGGUCCCAAAGGUGAAGACGGGGUUACUAUACCAGGUGAAAAAGGAAACAGUGGAAUACCUGGAUUAUCAGGUCAGAAAGGCCAAAAAGGUGAACGAGGUUAUCCAGGUGUAAGAGGUGUUCCAGGAGACUCGAAAUUGGGAAGACCAGGUCCACCAGGUUAUACUGGAAUACCCGGGGAGAAAGGUCAAAAAGGUCAGCGAGGUAUGGACGGAAUACCAGGUGGACCAGGACCCAAAGGAGAUAUUGGUGGUCGUUGCAACGAAUGUUGGCCCGGAAUACAGGGACCAAAAGGCGACCGUGGCUUAGAUGGUUUGAUUGGGCCCGUAGGAGAACGUGGUCCACCAGGACCUAUAGGUGUACCUGGCGAGCGAGGAGAUGAUGGUCUCGAUGGAAUUCCUGGACCCCCAGGACCUCCGGGCGAACGUGGCGAUGAAGGCCCCAUAGGAGCACCUGGUCCACCUGGAGCGGACGCCCCUGCAAUAUAUAAUAUAGUAAAAGGCGAGAAAGGAGAAAGAGGAGAAAGAGGAAUUCCAGGUCUUCAAGGAAUUAAAGGCGAACAAGGAAGUAAAGGUCGAAAAGGAGAACGAGGUGAAAUUGGUUUACCGGGUCAAAAAGGAGAUAUUGGUAGAAUGGGACCACCUGGAGCAGAUGGUAUUCCUGGAGCAAACGGAGAGCCAGGAUUAAAUGGUGCUGAUGGACUCAGUAUUAAAGGAGAAAAAGGUGCACCCGGAGAAUAUGGGUUUAAAGGAGAUAAAGGAUUGCCCGGAAGAAUAGGUCUGAAGGGAGAGCCAGGAAGUUGUCCUCAUAAUUUAGAGGAGAUGAUAAAGGGCGACAGAGGUGCGCCUGGACCUCAAGGACCACAAGGACCGCAGGGAAUACCUGGUGAAAAGGGGGAUCAAGGAGAUUCUGGCUAUCCUGGAGAUAAAGGUAUAGCUGGUGCACCUGGUAGAGAGGGUCCUGUGGGUCCACGAGGUCUUCCUGGACCACGAGGUGAAAAGGGAGAUACAGGCCCGAUAGGUUUUCCGGGUACAACUGGUGCGACUGGUCCCAGAGGAUUUGCCGGUAUACCAGGUUUAAAAGGAGAUAAAGGUGAAACUGGUCUCUCAGUAGCAGGACCUCCAGGAUUACCUGGUAGAUCUGGAGCAAAAGGUGAUAAAGGAUUAAGAGGAUUACCUGGUAAACCUGGCAAUGAUGGGCUUCCUGGGCAACAAGGUUGGAAAGGUGAAAAAGGUGAUCAAGGAUUGCAAGGACCUUCUGGACCUCCCGGAUGGCAAGGAGAAAAAGGAGAACCUGGUCCAAUAGGACAAAUUGGACUUCCAGGAAAGGAUGGUACACCAGGUAUACCAGGACUAAAAGGAAACAGGGGAUUGCCAGGAUUACCAGGAAAACCGGGAAUGAUUGGCUUACCAGGUGCUAAAGGAGACCAUGGAGCGCCGGGUCUAGAGGGUGAAAAGGGUUUCCCAGGUCCACGUGGAAGACCCGGGCCCCCUGGAAAGCAAGGUUUAGCUGGAGCCCCUGGUUUAAAAGGAGAUAAAGGUUUACAAGGCUAUAAAGGUGAUAGAGGUAUGCCAGGCCUCACUGGAACACCAGGAUUAGAAGGUUUACCUGGCGAGAAAGGUGAUAAAGGUGCCGAUGGCCUUCCAGGACAAUCCGGAUUUCCUGGUCUACCUGGUAUUAAGGGAGAUAAAGGUCUUCCAGGGUAUCCAGGACAGAAAGGAGAACCAGGUUUAGCAUCAGAUAGAGGAGACAAAGGAGAACCUGGUAAUCCUGGACUACGAGGAUUACCAGGAAUUCCUGGUCAAGAUGGAGAAAAAGGAGACAAGGGAGAUGUUGGUCCAACUAUUACAGGAUUUCCUGGUAUUCCUGGAAGUAAAGGUGACAUUGGAAGACCUGGUAUAGAUGGCUAUCCUGGAGAACGUGGCGAAAAAGGAGUAGCUGGAUUGCCCGGACUUCGUGGGGAAAAAGGUGACAGAGGUUUGCCUGGUGUAAGCGGAGCUCCAGGUCCACCCGGCAUGGAUGGUGAACCAGGUAUUCAAGGAGAACCCGGAUUUCCCGGUAGAGAAGGAGCUAAAGGUGAUAAAGGAGAUCGAGGUUUCCCAGGGAGAGAUGGUUUUAAUGGACUCAAAGGAGAGCCAGGACCAAUAGGUCCACCAGGUUUAAAAGGAGCGAUCGGUUAUGUAGGUCCAAAAGGAGAUCAGGGCCCUCCAGGUCUUCAAAUAGAUAUAAAAGGAGACAAAGGUGAUAUUGGACCACCUGGUCUUCGCGGUGAAAAAGGUCAAAAGGGAGAAAGAGGUUUUGAAGGAGCUCAAGGUUUGCAAGGUGAUAAGGGUGAUCGAGGAUUUACAGGUGAAAAAGGAGAAACAGGAUUGAUCGGUUACGAAGGACCAAAGGGAGACAUGGGUCCUAUUGGUCCUCAAGGCAGAGCUGGAAAAGAUUGUCCAUGUGAAAAGGGGCUACCAGGUGUACCAGGAAAAAAUGGUCACCCAGGAGCGCAAGGGGCGCCUGGUGAAAAAGGCGACCAAGGUUUACCUGGACUUCCAGGACGAACAGGAGAUCCAGGUGUACCAGGUUCACCAGGUCGCAUGGGUGAAAAAGGUGACAAAGGUAGUGAAGGUAUUGCCGGGCCUCCAGGAGAUGAAGGUCCACCUGGCGCUGACGGUCUUCCUGGCCUCAUAGGUAUUAAAGGUGAUAAAGGAGAUAAAGGUGCCACUGGGUUUGGCGCACCUGGUAGAGUAGGUGAUAGAGGAUUACCAGGUUUACCUGGGGAAAGGGGACAAAAAGGCAGCAAAGGUGAUCGUGGCAUGGAUGGAAUUCCUGGUGAACCGGGUCCUCAAGGUUUAAGAGGAGAAAAGGGUGAUAGAGGGGCAAUUGGAAUACAGGGUUUUCCUGGUGUUCCAGGAAAAAAGGGUGACAAAGGUGAAAGAUCUCCAAUCGUUUAUGGUGAAAAAGGAGAACAAGGACUUCCAGGUCCUCCAGGUCCACGUGGCCUACCUGGUGAAAUGUGUAAAGAUGGGCCUCCAGGUUUAGAUGGAUAUCCAGGUGAAAGAGGUGAACCAGGCUUUCCUGGACCACCUGGACCUAUGGGGCCUCCUGGACCACCGGGUCGGGAAGGAUUACAAGGCGAAAGAGGUGAAACGGGACAAGUUGGCUUACAAGGUUUGCCUGGAGCACCAGGUGCCCCAUGCACUAAAACGGAUUAUUUGACAGGAACACUUUUAGUACGGCAUAGUCAGUCUGUUGAAAUACCCACUUGUGAUACGGGUCACAUAAAAUUAUGGGACGGAUAUUCGUUACUGUAUAUUGAAGGCAAUGAACAAGCUAAUAACCAAGAUUUAGGGUAUGCUGGCUCAUGUAUCAGAAAGUUUAGUACAAUGCCAUUCCUAUUUUGUGAUUUAAAUACUGUAUGCCACUAUUCAAGUAGAAACGAUCGAAGUUACUGGUUAUCUACUAGCGAAGCAUUACCAAUGAUGCCGGUAGAAGGUUAUGAUAUUGUAAAACAUAUUUCAAGAUGCGUAGUUUGCGAAGUACCAGCCAACGUGAUAGCCAUUCAUAGUCAAACACAAGACGUUCCUGAUUGCCCUGCUGGCUGGGACGAGAUGUGGAUAGGAUACAGUUUUGCUAUGCAUACUGGAGCUGGUGGUCAGGGUGGUGGGCAAGCCCUAGCGAGUCCGGGCUCGUGUUUGCAAGACUUCCGUACAUCACCAUUUAUAGAAUGUAACGGAGAAGGUGGUACAUGUUAUCAUUUCGCGAAUAAGCUAAGCUUUUGGUUAACAACCAUAGAAGACAGAGACCAAUUCUCAACUCCUCAACGAUCAACUUUAAAAUCUGGAGAUGUGAUGACGCGUGUGUCACGGUGUGUUGUCUGCAUUAAAAAUACAUAGUGAAACAUAAAUAUGCGUAUAUACGCACAGGUUAAUUGGUGUGACAUGUGUACAAGACGCUUCUAACUAGACAUAGACGUUACUACCUAUUUUGGAUUGUACGUGACCAAUAGUGAUGUUGCUACCAAAUAUUAAGUUACAGUCGUCAAUAUAAUAAAUAAAAUGUAAGAAAUAUUAUUUCAAACUAUUGGCUUUCUCUCAAUAAUGUCUAAAUCACAAAUAAAAUUAUCAACACACCAAAGCAAGGUAAAGUUAAGAUUUAUAAUUUAAGUAGGUACCUAUAGUCUAUUUAUAUAAUAUCUUUAAUAGUAUGUAUAACAAAUGUGAUUUUGUCCUGUGGAUCAGUUUUUGUAUAUUACUACUUAAAUCGUUUUAUGUAAAUCUUAUAUUCUCCUAGUCAGUGCUAUUUCAGAUUACUGUAUUUCAGAUUCAUGAACUGAAUUUGUGAUAAAACAUUUUUUUUUAAUCGCCUGAAUCUAUGUUGAAUUAUCAACUAUGUUAAAUAAUGUAACUAGGAACAAGGAAUUGGAAUAUAUAUUUAUCAAAAUGCGUCAACAUAAUAAACUAUUCACAAUAAUAGGGUAGUGAAAGAUAAGUGAUGAAACACUGCCAUUGUAGAUAGAUUAAUAAUACAAAUAAAUGAAUUAGAAUACUUUCUUAAUAAAUAAAUUUGAUUUUU